AUGCCUCCCAGGACUUCCAAGAACUCUGCUAAUGUUCCCACCUCGCCUCCUAAGUCCCCUCCUAAGUCUCGUAGGAGUGCCAGAAAGCGUGCUGCAUCAUCUGUUGAUGCCUCUGUGGAACCAGCUGCCAAGAAGGUUGCCAUGGACAGUGAAGUGGGUGAGACUGGAGGUGAGGGUGAAGAUAAUGAAGGUGGAGCUACAGGAAAGAAAGGGAACAAGGGAAACAACAAAGCUGCUGGAAAGAAGGGAAAGAAGGGAAUUGCGAAAUCUAGUGCCAAACCUGUAAAGGCUGCAGUUGAAAAGGCAUCACCCCCUCACCCUCUACCUCACUGCCCACCACCCUCCCCCUCUACCUCACUGCUAACCACCACCCCUCUCCUUCACUGCCUACCACCCCUCCCCCCUUCCCUGAUUGCCCACCACCCCUCUCCCCUCCCUCAUUGCCCACCACCCCUCUCCCCUCCCUCAUUGCCCACCACCCCCACCCCUUUUCCUCACUGCCUACCACCUCCCUCCCUCACUCCCCCUUCCCUCUAUGUAAUAUUUGAUGUAGUAAUGUAA